AACCUGGAUUAGGAGGCUAGGACAGCACGGUGGAGUCAGCCGGCAGGACGCAGGACAGCCAGCACGACAGCACAUCGCGAGGGAGUCUAGAAGAGUACAAGCCAGCACGGCGCUGGGUGGAUUCAACUUCUGAUUGAGACUACCAGACAGCAGGAAUGGGGCAAGGUGUGGGUGGCUGACUGACAGGGAGACGGACCAAUCACAUGUCAGGAUGCUGGCUAGAAACCUCUUCAUCCUCCUGGUGGUGGUGGGGGCAGUGCUGGCCAUCGUGAGCCUCAGCCUCCAAUUCUUCCACCUAAUCCCCACUACACCCAUGGGUGAGGAGCGGCCCCCCCAGGGUCAAGGCCAGGGCCAAGGGAAGAGCAGGAAGAGAGUGAUCCCUGUCCCCAACACAGAGGCUCCUGAACCAGACCCUAUCGCUGAGGCUUAUGGCUACUGCAACACCCCCGACCGCUCUGAACAGGCCUGGGAGGGACACAGCCCUGUGGACUACAAGCUGCUGUCUGUCCAGGUGAUGAUUCGCCAUGGCGACCGUUACCCCCUUUAUGCCAUCCCCAAAACCAAGCGGCCUGCCAUCGACUGCACGUUGUCCCCAAAGAGGAAACCCUCCCACCCCCAGCUGAAUUCUUUCAUUGGUCACAUGGCCCAGGGGGGGCGUGGCCGCUGGGAGGGGAGUCUCAGCUCGUUUCCCCGCCUCCCUAACCACAGCGCCUGUGAGAUGGGUGAGCUCACUCAGACAGGUGUGGUGCAGCACUUACGCAAUGGCCAGCUCCUUCGCCUAGCCUACAAGCGUCACAAACUCCUCCCGCCCAAUUGGUCGACCAAGCAGGUGUGGGUGGAGACUACGGGCAGGAGCCGCACCCUCCAGAGCGGGAUGGCUCUUCUGUAUGGGUUCCUGCCCGACUUUGACUGGAGCCGUCUGACAGUCCACCACCAGUGGAGCACGUUGUUCUGUGGCUCAGCCUGCGACUGUCCUGCUAGGAACCCCUAUCUGGAGGAGGAGCAGAGGAGACAGUACCGCCUCAGAGCGGCAGACACUGAACUGGAGAGGACCUACGCAGACAUGGCCCGUACGCUAGGUCUGCCCCCGCGCCAGCUCAGAGCUGCCAACCCUAUAGACUCUCUGCUGUGCCACCUGUGCCACGGCCUGUCCUUCCCCUGUGUGGCAGCAGGGAGUGCUCUCGGCAGUGGGGGCUGUCUGACUCUGGCCCAGUUCGCUGUGAUCCGGAGGCAGCAGUUAGAGGACGAGGUGGACAGGAGGAGGGUGGGACUGUAUCACCGCUACGCCGUGCUCGCCACGCACCCCUACCUCAACCGCACCGCCAAUCGGAUGGAGCGCGUCGCCAAGGCCAACGCUCCGGGACGAAAACCCCGCGCUGGAGGAGAGGAGGCGUUCACCCUGUCUUCGGCUCACGACGUCACUGUGGCGCCGUUACUAAGCGCCCUGGGCUUGGAGGAUGCACUCUUCCCGAGGUUUGCGGCGAGGGUUGUGUUUGAGUUGUGGAAGAGUCCGCCCGCAACGCAGGGACAACGUAAGGGGCAAGGCCAGGGCCAGGAUAAGGCUGCGUGGUUGAAAGGGGAGAGGUCAAAGGUUGGUAAUUGGGGAGACAUGUUUGUGAGGGUUCUGUACAACGGAGAGGAUGUGACUUUUCAUACCACCUUCUGUCGCUCACAUGACCGCAACGCCGCACAGCCGCUAUGCCCCCUGGGUAACUUCCUGUCGUUCGUCAAAAAAGACAUGUUCAAUGUCCUCAAUGCCACGUCCUACCACAACGCCUGCUACCGACGGACAGGCUGACUGACAGAUGGAAGGAUAGAGACAGAAAAGGAGGAGAAGAAGAGAAUGAGUCAGAGAAAGAGGGAGUUAUAAUUUAGCUGAUUUUAGAAUUUGUUAAUAGCUCUUUUCCCMCUUGGGUAUGGAAGUGUCCUUUUGACAUUUUCUAAAGUCACAAACAUUCCUAGAAAGCAUAAAUGCUGAUCAUACAUAUCACUGCAAAAAUACAUAUUUUCACCAGCAAAUUCCUAUACACAAUCACACGUGCUCACAGACUUUAUACAUACUCUUCAUGCCUUCUUGAUCAGAUGUCUUUGUUGAUAAAGUUUGACUUCUAAACUGACAGCCUUGUGGUGUCGACAAUCACACCAGGACACUUAACCUGCAAUUAUACACAUUUCAACAUGGACCUUUCUACAAUUUUUUAGUUUUUGAAAUGUUUGUAAGGAAAAGAGGUGGAAGGACACUAUUCUCACAUUCCUGCAUUCCAACUGGGAAUGUUGAGAUUCCGCUUUUCCCAAAUUCCUGCAUUCCAACUGGGAAUGUUGAGAUUCCGCUUUUCCCAAAUUCCUGCAUUCCAACUGGGAAUGUUGAGAUUCCGCUUUUCAAAAAUUCCUGCAUUCCAACUGGGAAUGUUGAGAUUCCGCUUUUCACAAAUUCCUGCAUUCCAACUGGGAAUGUUGAGAUUCCGCUUUUCACAAAUUCCUGCAUUGAAAGGGGAACGUUGAAACUGGAAACACUAAUGCUGGAUUAGUUCAUAUAAAAUGUAAAAACUGCCAUUUAUAAUUUGUCUUGAUAUUGUCUGACAUUUUGAUUAUAAUGGUGCUGGAGACCAAUAGAAUUAGGGUCAGUUUUGCUGUACAAUUAAUUUAUUUUAGUUUACUCAACUACGUACUUUAAGCUGAAGUAGAUUUCAAUGUUAAGAAUUAAGUCAAUCCAACAAUUUACGCUCGAUGUUUACUCAGUAAUGAAAAUAUUCUGCACCUUAGUGAAGGCUAGUUGUUAUGGUACUUAGAUUCACAGCUGCUGUAAGAUGGCAAUAACAGUUAAUAGAUAUGUCAUCAGUAAUUGUAAUUUCUGUGGACAUUUUUUUUAACGAUGCUCAUCAGUUUGAAUAAUUAUAAUUUUUACUAUAAAGCACAUUACACAGUGGGCCACGAAGUAAUAAAACUUGUUUCCUCACAA